GCUAGACUUCCCAUUGCUCUUCGCUGCUGGCUGCCGCAGCUCGCUCGCUCUCUCCGCUCCUGGCUCGGCGGUAGCGGGAGCGCGCAGGCGCGGCUUGCAGCUCUGCUAGCGGAGCUGGGUUCACGAGAAUCAUCAUUCAAGACCUGUCAGAAGCUACAAGAAAAGAAUGGGGAGGGUUUUCCUCACGGGAGAAAAAGCCAAUGCAGUAUUAAAACGCUACCCAAGAGCUAAUGGGCUUUUUGAAGAAAUAAGACAGGGCAACAUUGAGCGUGAGUGCAGAGAAGAAGUCUGCACAUUUGAAGAAGCCAGAGAGGCUUUUGAAAAUCAUGAAAAAACUAAAGAGUUUUGGAGCACGUACACAAACGCACAACAAGGAGAAACCAACAGAGGAAGCGACUGGUUUCAAUUCUAUCUUACUUUUCCAUUAAUCUUUGGCCUCUUCAUUAUUCUCCUUGUCAUCUUCUUAAUCUGGAGAUGCUUUCUAAGAAACAAAACUCGGAGACAGACUGUGACUGAAAGCCACAUUCCUUUCCCUCAGCAUCUUAACAUCAUUACUCCACCUCCUCCACCAGAUGAAGUCUUUGAUAGCAGUGGAUUGUCUCCAGGAUUUUUGGAAUAUGUUGUUGGGCGCUCAGAUUCGGUUUCCACUCGCCUUUCCAACUGUGAUCCUCCACCAACCUAUGAGGAAGCCACUGGCCAGGUGAACCUGAGAAGGAGUGAAACAGAACCUCAUUUGGACCCACCACCAGAAUAUGAGGACAUAGUUAACUCCAGUUCAGCUAGUGCCAUUGCUAUGGUGCCUGUGGUCACCACCAUCAAAUGAAGCUGCAAAACUUUUUAAAACUUUAAUCAUUUCUAAAAUACUAAUGGAAAUACUUUCUAGCACUUUACUACUACAUAAAUGUGCAUUGACAUAUUUUAUUAGACUCUUAGAGCAUACCACUUCACAUUUACUGGUUUGAUUUAUCUUUAGUUUUGUUACUUAUUAUAAAAUCAUUAUCUGUAUUUGUUUUUUUACAAAGGGAAACAUGUCAGUGGCAGUCUUUAUGUGCUGUAAAGAAUACACAUGUAUGCAUACAGCCACAUGUGUACCAUCCAAUUUGUGUACAAGUAACUUCUACCACACCACCCAUAAAGACAGCAUUACUCACCAAAAUUGAAAAGGCAGGGGUCACAGACAGUAUAUGUGAUAGACAACAACAUGCAUGGUUUCUAAUUAAAGACAUUGGUUAACUUCCUAUUUCUUCUUUCAUGAAUGGAAAAAAUAUGCAUGGAUUCAUCCUCAAUUUUAGAAACAUCUCAACAGAGAGAGACAAGAGACAGAGCAUGUAGCAUUUAUUAUAUGUGGUUGAUUGUAGUAUAUAACAAAGAAAUCAUUGAUCAUUAGUGGCAUUUAGCUCAUUUUGUACUAGGGUUUUUCUUCUUGGCUGAUUACCAAAUACUGUCCCAUUAGAAUUUUCUUAUCAUCUUUGAAUGUUUCAUCCCACUUGCUUGCAAGUAUUUCUAGGUAAUGAAAUAAUGUUUGUGUUAAUAACAGGGAGUAGGUACUGACUACUCCAUUGCUUAUUGUGUGAUUGGCAAUAAUUUUUUACACUAAUUUUCAUUCUCAUUGCUACUAUAGACUCUCCAUAUACUCAAGAAUUUGGCCAAAAUCAAUUUUGAAUCAUUUUUUAAUGUUCUGCACAGGUUAAAAUCUUAUUCUCAAAAUUAUUAGUACACAAUUUUUCAUUUAGUUAUAAGCUGUGACUUUUGUCUUAAUGUUCUGUUGAUGGAAGAUUAUACAGUAUCUGCUAUAGUAGAUGCACACUAAAUAUAGUUUAGUUCCACAUAGGUCUCACUAUGUUGCUGUUUUAUAUUCUUUUUUUUUUUUUUUUUUUUAGCUGCAAUAGUUUUGCUUCUUUUCCUUGGAGGAGAGGGAAUAGGUUAUGAAUGAAUUGCCAAAAUAAACUAUUUCAGAAAAAAUAGAAAAAUGGUCAAAUGAGAUUGCAUGUAUCCAAGUGAUUUUUCAGUAUGAAGAACUAUUUAAUUGUAAGAUCCUAAUGUUAUUAUUGUGCUUCAGGGUGACUUUUCUCCUGUUUCCCUAGAAUUCUAUCAGAGCUUUUUACAUAAGGAGAAAUAGAACAGGCUGCUUCAUAAAUAGUUAAUAUUUUCCUAAACAUAAUCUGGACUGUACAAAAGGUGUGCCAAUUUAAGUACAUUUGCCAGUGCUGUAUUGGAUAAUAAAAUGCUGGAACAUGCACUAAAGGACAUGAAUUAGUUAAUCGGCCUAAUAGGUGAAAAGGUAUUUUUAUCUUGAUAAUGGUCUCAGCAUGACAAUAUUGCUUUAAAUAUUUUUCCUUGCUGUAUGAUAAUUGUCUGUUUCUAAUUAAAUCUGAAGUUGGAGAUGUUUGACCCAGUAUACAAGAGAAGUUAUGGGUUGUUUAUAACAGAAAAUUAAGGGUGUGUGUGUGUGUGUGUGUGUGUGUGUGUGUGUGUUACACUAAUAUUAGGCUUUAGAUGAGACCAGCAAUUUUCAAAUUGUGGCCCAUAAACCCUAAGAGUUUCCUGACAGUCUUCCAUGGAAUCUGUGAAAUCAAAAUAUUUUCAUCCUAUCUGAAGACAUUAUUUGUCUCUUUAUUCUAGUUCUCUCAAAACAAGAGUCAAACAAUGGAAAACAAUACAGUCGCCACACACAUCUUUUAAAAAAGACAAUAUAGCUAUUUUCAUAAAAAUGUAAUUUGUAUUGGCAUAUUUUUUUAAUUUUUAGCUGAAUUAGUGCUUUAAUUUUUUCAGUUCAUUUCUAACAUGUUAAAUAUUGAUAUAAAUCUCAAAAACAAACGUUCUUUGGAAUCUAGAUUCCCCCAAGAGUUUAAGGAGGAAUCCAGAAACCAAAAUUUUAAGAACUACAGAAUUGGACAAAAGAACAAGACAUCCUCUCACUAAGUUAGGUUUUUGUUCUUGUAAAGUUAUUUUAUAUUUUAAAAUCUCAAUAUUGUAUUUAGCACUUUCUGAACUGAAGUAGAACAAUGAAUGGUGGUUGUUGCAACAAAAGCUAAAGAAAUUGAUCAGUAAUGAGAGCUGUUUAGAUUAUUGGUCAGAGAAAACACUAUUUCAUAGUAAUUAAUAGCUGUACUAACCAUAAAUUUCCUGGCAGCUUUUCUGUGAUAAGAAGAGCAUAAUCAAAAUACUACUUUAUGAAAUUUUAUUUUAUACAUUUUUGCUGUGUUUGAGUACAGUUUAUGUUUCAUACUUUUAAAAUUCCCUUUGCUACUCCUUCUGGUUUUAUAAACUGAGUUUCCUAACAUUUAUUAUAAUUAAGGGGCUUAUCUGGAAUAAUAUAUAUUUUUAUGCUUUGCAUUUCCUACCUGAUUGAUACUGUAUUUGCCUUUUAUCAUUUUUAAUGAAGAUUUAUUUUUACAGAAUAUACUUAAUACCUUUCUAAGCAGUAAAUAAAUGGAAUUAAACAAUUUAUAUUUAAAUAAAAAGAUCUGUUCCUCCAAUAGAAUGAUUUUCAAACCUGCACCUACAUUGCUUGUGUCUGAAAUCCUUGAACUGACACUUUUUGCUUUCCUGCUCUAAAUGUCACAAUAAAUUAUAUAUGUUUUAAAUAAAUAAGAUGAUUGCUUCUUUUCCUAUUGAUUAAUAAAAAAGGAGAUGUUAUGUUUGUUGAUUGCUAAUGAUAACUUCUUCAAGAUUGAUAAUCUGAUCCAGUAACUACAGAGGUAGCUUUAACUUAGUUCUGUGUAAAUAGCAUGUAUUUUAUUACAAUAGUUCACAUUUUUCAAAUGCUUGGUUUACAUUAAAUUAUGGUAUUUAACUUUUUAUGUUUAUACUAGAUACAAUUUUCUUAUGUUCCUGUGGUUUUGGUAUGCUAAAUAAAGAUAUUUUAAGCCU